GGAGGCAACCCGGUUGACCUGUGGAUGCUGUGAACCAGGAGCUGACCAAAAAGCGGGAGAGCUCCAGGAUUCCUCCUCAGAAAAGGCUGUUCAGGAUGCUGUCUGCUGCAGAUGCACACAGAACUGCUUCCCAAGCCAAGGGGACAAGACUCUGCAGACUGUGAUCGCCACUCUGCUCAGCUUAUCCUUUGUGAAACUGACUUGUGCGUUGUGGCAUCGUUUAGGACACAGAAGUAACCUCUGAUCAUCCUGUGGGCUAUUGGUAGGAACUCCUGUAACAGCAACAAAACUGGGACGUGUCUGGUGAUGCCAGCCUGGAAUUGAUUGUGAGAGUGCCUGCUGGGCUGCGUGCAGAAGAAUGGCUGCAGCAGAACCCCUGACCGCUUUCUCCCGAUGGUACCUCUACGCCAUUCACGGCUAUUUCUGUGAGGUGAUGUUCACAGCUGCCUGGGAGUUUGUGGUCAACUUUAACUGGAAGUUUCCUGGUGUUACCAGUGUGUGGGCACUCUUCAUCUACGGCACUUCCAUCCUUAUUGUGGAGAAGAUGUAUCUAUAUCUCAAAGACAAGUGUAAUAUUUUAGUGCGCUGCUUCAUUUACACACUUUGGACAUACCUCUGGGAAUUUACCACCGGCCUCAUCCUACGCCAGUUCAAUGCCUGCCCAUGGGACUAUUCUCAGUUUGAUUUUGACUUCAUGGGCCUGAUCACCCUGGAGUAUGCCAUCCCAUGGUUUUGUGCUUCUUUCAUUAUGGAGCAGCUGGUGAUCAGGAACACCCUGCGCUUACGAUUUGAUGAGACUGCAGAGCCGGGGGCACCCACCGUCCCUGUUGCCUUGGCCAAUGGCCAUGUGAAGACUGAUUGAGCAGUGACUCACAACCACACUUAGCAAUCUGAGAAAGCCCAGACUUCUACUACUGGACUGUCAGCUCUGACUCUGAGGUACUGCUUCUUGCUGUAUGAUAAGAUUCAUAAACCCCAUUUUUCUAACGGGGGUGUGCAUGGGAUAUACCAGAAAAAAAAAAAAUGGAACCAAUAGAUUUUCUAUGGAUUUUAUUUUUUGGGCUCCAAGGACCAAUAUCAGUUACUUGUUAGUUAGGUAAUUUCUGAUUUUAACUUAUUUCAGAUGAAAGCAGUCCUUUUGCUUACACUUCUAUGUGGAGAAAGAAGAAAAAGAAAUGCUAUGGUGGAAAUGGAUACAAAAAGAAAAAAAACUAAUUAGCGAUGGGCAUGGACACGCCAGCUAAGUUGGCUUACUCCAUUAGGCAAUAUUCAGGUGCUUGCUUGCAACCAGUACCUCCUGUGGGACCUGAGCUGCUGCAGGAACAAGGAGAAUCCGUCUGCUGUUGAGAAGAACCUAAGACUGGCAGUCUGAUGGGGAGGUAGAUGGUGUUCCCCUGAUGAGGUCCCAUUGGCCUCUCCCCAGGUUCUUUGUUGCACCAUGAAGUAAUCUGGUGCUGGACAUCUUGUUGAAUUUAUACAGAUCUUGUACUUUUCGAAAUCUCAGUCCUGAUACUCACUAGAUUUAUUUUUUUUUUUAAUAAAGGCCUUUUUUGCCAAGUAAAUUUUACCAUAAUCUGUGCAAUCUGAAUCUUGGCAAAAGGCACAAGAAAUAGCGCAAGUCUUCCCAUCUCCUCUACUCCCCCAAAGCAGACCUUGCCUGAGGGUCUGCUGCAGAUUCCAGCUCCCAUCUCAGCCAUGCAAACCUUGUGGAGACUGUACGGGCCACAAGAGUUUUCUGCCUUCCCUCCCAGGGAUUCCUCUGUUUCUGGUGAUAUUGAUGACUUAGUCUGGCUGCAGCCCAUUGUGUUAGAACGUCAAAACCUUCAUGUGGCUAACGUGGUAUCCAGGAUUUGGUCCUCUGGCACUGACUCUUACCUUCCUUCAGCACUGGCAAGUCUUGGCUCAUUUCUGACCAGUGGCUCCUAAGUGUAUCAAGAGGAUUUACUUUUUCCUCCCAAAUUCUACUUUAAAUAACCACAGCCAUAUUGUCAUGACAGUAACUGGAGGCAGCAAGAGAUAUGCCAUGCUGCCUGAUACGUUAUUUUUUUAAAAAGGCAAAAAAGUCUGGAGAGCACUUCCUCAUGCUUUGCCUGAGUGAGGCUUUGAGUUAGGAUGCAAGGGCAGCAUUACAAGAGGUGUGAAGCAGGAAGGAGUGCUGUGGCUCCAUUGUAUGUAGAACUACCUGCACUGGGGACAGUAUGAAAUGUAAGCUUUUGGUGACAUUUGAGCUGCAUAGGGGAGCUUGUAGUGCAGGGAAAGUGCUUGGUAGUGGCAGCCGGAGUUUCAUAAUUUGUUCUGGCAAGUCUUAGCUUUGAAGUUAGCAACAAACUUGGAGCUUCCAGCUGUCAGAUGCAUCUCACUCCUGUUUUAUGGGGGAGGUUUGCACUGGUUGCCCUUCAGGGUCAGAUUAAUUUUAGGUGUUCUUCCACCAUAGUCAACAGAGCUGCACCAGGGAUCAAUCUGGCUUGAAAUACAAAGGUGUUGGUGUGGUUGUGGGAUUCCAUUACUGUAUUGGAAAUGGCCACGCUAUUUCUGUGUGGGUCCCCAGUCUAUGGUAGGUAGUGCUCAGCUGUGAACCUGCCUCUUGCCCUGAGGUGUCCAUUCCUGAUGAGAAAAGCACUCCUGGCCCUGUGAGAAUUGCUUGUUGUUUCUGCUCUUAUGAGGCAGUGUUAAUCCUUUUUGUAUCACACAGUGCAAUUAUUUUAUUCCUCCCACCCCACUUCUCACAUGACAUCCAUUGCUGGCAAUGGACACAUGGAAACACUGGCAGCAAGAAGUUAAUUAAAUCUACCCUGGCAUAUAUAGUGUCUUCUGAAGCACCCAGAAUACUUAGGUGGGUAUUUAGAGUUCCCUCUUUAUAGUUCAUUAAAUUAAAAGCAAACAAACACUAACCAGAUUUUUUUUUUCCUUGCUCUGAUGCCAGUGUUAUGAAAUCAGAGGAACAGUAUGCAGUUUGUCAGUCUUGACAGUCUCCAGAGGGUAGACCUAAGCAAAAUAGUCACCUGAAACUGCAGUGGAAAAAAGCAAUGAGUUUUGGACAUGGGAUGAUGUAGAUGAGCUCUACUCGACCAAGAUAAGAGUUUAAAGGUGCAGUUGAAAGCUGGGAUCUCCCCAUUUUGGCCGUGGUUCUGACAGUCACUAAAUGCAAUGUCUAGAUCUGGGUUGUCCUCUCACAGCAUAGCCUGAAUGUGGUGCCAUGCUGUCUCCUACACCACCCCUGCAUCAUCUGAAACCCUUGGCUUCAUAGGAACAACCUUAGGAUCCCUGCUUUCUCCUUAGCUGUUGGAGAACUCUUUAAAAAGGUUAAAAGGAGUUAGCAACAUGGUUUGGUGAUUCCCAGCUGCAGCUGGGCCUGGGAGAGGAGGAGGUGUGGCUGGCUGUCCACAGACCUAACCCGGUACACCGUCUUGUCUUUACUUCAGAAGAUCCCCACUAAAUGACACUGGUUUUGCUCAGUGAUGUAUUAUUUAGAUGCUUAAAACUACAGAGGAGUUUCCCAGCAGCAUCUACUAUGUUAUUCCAUUAUCCUUAUUGCCUGUGCCAUUGUAACAGCUAUUGUAGUCUGCUUUCCACUGAUGUCUGACAUGUACCACGCAGCUAUUGCAUCCUUAUAGAUGGUAAUUUAAACCCAGAAGUGCACUUUACUUGCAGCUUGCACACCAGAAACAGAAAGGAACCUGGCAAAUUCUUAAAUCAAUUUGAAAGAAUUAUACAUGAUACUGUGUACCUAAUGCAGCAGGAUUAGCCAGACUUCUCCUUUCUGAGCAACAUGGCUACAGUCAGAGCUUCGUCUUUUCUCCAAAAUCUCCCUUUUUAAUACAUGUGAUGCUUCUUAAACCGUCUUACAGAAGUGUCCAGAGCACAUUACCGGGGUCUCAGUGGCACCUCAGCAAGAGCUCGGGAGCUGGACUGAAGUUGUAGAGACAUUUACAUUAAGAAGAAAACAACGCACAAGGCUGAAUAUUUGUUUGUAUGUGUAUCUUCCUCAGUAGAUUAAAGUUGCCUGUUUUGAGUUCACCAGCAAUAAAAAAACCUUGUGAUUUUUCUGCCUUGUCCUAACAGCAA